AUGGCUUCCAACGGAGAACGAUUAGACACUCAGGGUGCUGAGACUAUUGUGUCACGCAACAAGCAAUGGAGAAUCAGUACCCGCAAGAGACCUAUCCUCAAGGCCGGUCCCAUCGAUGCUAUGAAUGAGAAACUUGGUAUCCCCGUACCUGAGAUGAUCUUUGGUGACAAUCUCGUGGCUAUCGAGCAUGUUCCCUCUGGCUGGGCCAUCGACUUCAACGCUUUCGAUGCUCUUGAUCGCGUCUCCAAGACUGCCGAUGGCAUGUUGCAGGUUGCCUACUCCAAAGAGUGGCAGAAAGACCGCCAACAUCAUCACGAAGGCAUCAAAGAAGUCGUCAAGCCAUUCGACUGGUCUUACAGCACAGACUUCAAAGGCCAUACUCACUGUCCAGAUCCUGCCAUCGUCUGGCAGCCAACUGAUCAGUCCAAGAAUCCUAUCAGAACAGACCUUCUCUCCCGUCCGGAUCCCAUACUGUUCUACGACGAUGUAAUCUUCUACGAAGAUGAGUUGGCCGAUAACGGCAUCGCCAUCUUCAGCUGCAAGAUCCGUGUCAUGGCCGAACGUCUUCUCCUCUUGUGUAGAUUCUUCCUACGACUGGAUGGGGUCAUUGUGCGCAUCAGAGACACGCGUAUCUACAUCGAGUUGGCUUCCAAUACCGUUAUCCGACAGUACACCGCCAAGGAGGAAUCAUACGAUGUCGUCCAAUCCAAGCUGCAGGUGCACAGAGAGAAUGUCCCGGAGGUCCUGCGUGAUGCCAAUCGCAUCGCCCCUCUUCUUCGGACUGUUGAGGAUACCAUGGACAGAGUCACCAUUCCUUGA